GUCUCGCGAUGUUUGACACUAAUGAGAUCCUGGAGAAAAAGGACACAUGUCAACAAAACAUAUAAAUUAAUACUAGCUAGCACAGGCAUGCCAAGGUGUGCCAGUGUAGAAUAGGCUGACCCAUCGCUGCACCUACAGGUCCUCUGCUGUCCACAUGACCACCCCUCCCAUGGUGGCGUUCGUUGGGCAGCAGUCUCAGGCUGCCCGUGAUGUCAACACGGCGUCGCUCUGUCGCAUCGGCCAGGAGACGGUGCAGGAUAUUGUCUUACGCACCAUGGAGAUCUUUCAGCUGUUGAGGAACAUGCAGCUGCCAAAUGGAGUGACGUACCACCCCAGCACCCACCAGGACAGGCUGGGCAAACUGCAGGAGCACCUGCGUAUGCUCUCUGUACUCUUCCGUAAGCUGCGCCUCGUCUAUGACAAAUGCAAUGAAAACUGCACCGGUCUGGACCCCGUACCCCCAGAGCAACUCAUCCCGUAUGUGGAGGACGACGGCAGCUCCAGACACAAUGAACGCUCGGCCAGCCAGGCCCGCCCGGCAACAGAAGAGAGGAGGGAGAUCCUGGAGGUUAACAAGAAGCUCAAACAGAAGAACCAACAGCUGAAGCAGAUAAUGGACCAGCUCCGAAACCUCAUCUGGGAGAUAAACUCCAUGCUGGCUGUUAGGAGUUGAACUGCAAAAACGGCGACACAGAGUGUGGGACACACAGGCGCAGGCGUGCAUACACACACACACACACACCACCGACUGGAAGAUAUGGUUAUUAACUGGAUAUGUGACAGCGUCCCUCUAAGGCAGCACUUUAGAAAUGCAGGCUUUCACAAUAUACCACUCUCAGUCCCACAAGACGAGUUGGGAGAGAAGAAGAGGGGGAAGAAAGCAAAGAAGAAUGAAGAGAAGACAUGCAAUGGGGAAAUGCUGAUACACACACCGGCAAAUUUAUUAGGCACACCCAUUUAGUACUGGGGUCAGACCCCCACUCCCCCUUGCCUCCAAAACAGCCCGAAUUCUUUGAGCAUUGUACAAGGUGUCGGAAAUGUUCCACAGGGAUUUUGGUCCAUGCUGAAGCGAUGGCAUCAUGCAGUUGCUGCAGAUUGGAUGGUGGUACAUUCAGUAGGCACACAAUCACCAACACUGGAUAACUGAGGAGUGGAAAAACAUUGCCUGGAACAUGACAGCGAGUUCAGUUUACUUGAGUGGCCUGCGCAGUCCCAUACUUCAUCCUAAAGAUGCUCUAUAGGAUUGAGGUCUAUUUUUUCUCUAUUUUUUUUUACCUUUAUUUAACUAGGCAAGUCAGUUAUUUAUUUUGUAUUUUUCACCCCUUUUUUCUCCCCAAUUUCGUGGUAUCCAAUUGGUAUUAGUUAGUCUUGUCUCAUCGCUGCAACUCCCGUACGGACUCGGGAGAGGCAAAGGUCGAGAGCCAUGCGUCCUCCAAAACACAACCCAACCAAGCCGCACUGCUUCUUGACACAAUGCCCAUCCAACCCGGAAGCCAGCCGCACCAAUGUGUUGGAGGAAACACCGUACACCUGGCGACCUGGUCAGUGUGCACUGCGCCUGGCCCGCCACAGGAGUCGCUAGUGCGUGAUGAGACAAGGAUGUCCCUACUGGCCAAACCCUCCCCUAACCCGGACGACGCUGGGCCAAUUGUGCGCCGCCCCAUGGGCCUCCAGGUCGCAGCCGGCUGCGACAGAGCCUGGACUCGAACCCAGAUCAGCCUUAGAUCACUGCGCCACUCGGGAGGCCACAAAUUCUUAUUUUCAAUGAUGGCCUAGGAACAGUGGGUUAACUGCCUUGUUCAGGGGCAGAACAACAGAUUUUUACCUUGUCAGCGCCGGGAUUCUAUCUUGCAACCUUUCGGUUACUAGUCCAGCGCUUUAACCACUAGGCUACCUAACGCCCCAGGGGACUGCGCAGACCAUUCAAGUAAACUGAACUUGCGGUCAUGUUCCAGGCAAUGUUUUCCCACUCCUCAGUUGUCCAGUGUUGGUGACCGUGUGCCCACUGGAGCAGCUUCUUUUUGUUUUUAGUUGAUAGGAGUGGAACCCGGUGUGGUCAUCUGCUGCAAUAGCCCCAUCCAUGACAAGGACCAACGAGUUGUACGUCCUGAGAUGCUGUUCUGCACACCACUGUUGUACUGCGCUGUUAUUUGUUUGUUUGUGGCCCACUUGUUAACUUGCAUGAGCUUUGCCAUUUUCCUUCGACCUCUCUCAUCAACGAGCUGUUUUCGCCCACAGGACUGUCGCUGACUGGAUGUUUUUUGUUUGUCGCACCGUUCUCGGUAAACACUAGACACUGUCGAGCGUGAAAAUCCCAGGAGAGCGGACGUUUCUGAGACACUGGAUCCGGCGUGCCUGGCACCAACGAUCAUACCACGCUCAAAGUCGAUUAGGUUACUCAUUUUGCCUGUUCUAACAUUCAAUCGCACAGUAACCGAAUGCCUCGAUGCCUGUCUGCCUGCUUUAUACAGCAAGCCACGUGACUCACUCUCUGUAGGAGCGAUCCAUGUGUGUGAACGGGAUGUUGUACCUAAUACACUGGCCGGUGAGUGUAGUUAUCGCCUACAAUAUGAUUAUUAAGAGGACUUUCAGAGUUGUUUUGAAAGACUAUAGUCAUGGCUUUCAGUAGAAUUCAAAUCAACUGUUGAUUUAUUGUAGGUACUAGGUUUAAAUGCAGGAUAAUAUGUAGACAUUCGUACAACGUUUUAUAUAUUUAAUCUCUAUCCUAAAAUAUGACAAAUACUCAAUUUACCCAUUUAAAGGGGUUUUGAAGUUCGAUUUCCCUCAAGAUGUUUUUUUUUUACAUUCCUUAACCAUUUUAGAUAAAAGGACAUACAGGGCAACAUUUGUGUGGCGCAGGAGAGCACAGACAUGUAAAAAAAAUACUAGGGCACAUUGUUGAAAAUAAGUUUCAAAUUAAAUCACUGCCAGAAUGAGGUUUGCAUAAUUUUUUCCCCAGCACAGAUCUGGGAUCUUUUGCACCAUGAAAAUGAUAGUGUGGUAAAACGAAGAGGGAGUUUUGUGUAUUGUAUUUUUGUUGUUUUGUGUGGUUGGAUGCUUGAUGUAAGUGUCAAUGCAGUAUCUACUGGACUUUUUAUGAUCAUCACACUCUCGUUAACUUUAGUAUUCUAUGCCGCUAUAAAUCCUGCUGCGAUUUAGGCCAA